UUCCAGAUGUGGAAUGGUUCUUCUUCUGUUUAGAAAAUACUGUGAUUCGAUUAGAAAAGCUAUUGGAUGUUCUUGGAAAAUUUAACUCUUCUCAGGAUGUGUGGAUGGGAUACGCGCUUUAUGACCGUGAACCUACUAUUAUUCAUCACUUUGCGCAGCACACUAAAAAAUUUAAGUAUCCACACAUUGCAUCUGGAUUUGCCAUGAGUGUUACGCUAUUAAAGAGUUUGUCUAAACAAAUAUCUAAAGGCAAGGAAUCGAAAGCAGAUUUUUCUAUCGACGUAUCAUAUGAAUUUGCAACCUUUGUCUUAAGUAAUACUGGUGUGAAAUUGAUUCAUGUGUCUAAACUAUGCAUUGUGUCUGCCUCAGAUUGUGCCACGUAUCCCCGAUUCUUCCAUUCUUGUAGUUCUUCUGUAACUCCAAAAAAUAUUUAUUUUGCUGUUAAGACUUGUGCUAAAUUUCAUUUAGAUAGAAUCCCAGUGAUUAAAAAGUCAUGGGCCAAAUACGAUUUGAACAUUGGAUAUUUUAGUGAUGCAGCUGACAAAAAUUUACGGGAAGCAUACAUCGUCCCGAACACUACUGAAGGACAUUGCGCUAAAACUUAUGCUAUCUUGCAACAAGCCAGCAAAAUACUAAAAAGACGCAAUUUCGAUUGGCUUGCCAUUGUUGAUGAUGAUACUAUAUUCAGUGUGGUACGUUUAUUAAACUUGCUGACGUGCUACAAUCCUAAGCACUUAGUUGCGAUCGGCGAACGUUAUGGCUUUCGUAUUUGGGACAGACAUCACGGCUAUCAGUAUUUAACUGGCGGUGCGGGAGUUGUGUUAUCGGCUCCGUUAGUUCAUCUAAUAAUAGAACCAGGCGUAUGUACUUGUCCAUCUGCGACUACUCCCGAUGACAUGCAUCUUUUUGGACUUUGUUUGUUGCGACUUAGAGUGGAAGGUGUACAUUCUCCAAUGUUCCAUCAGAUCGGUAUACGCGACAAUGACGAUUUUUUACGGCCCAGAAAAAAAAUGAUAAAUACACUUCAAUAUGUUAAAGCAACAGGUUGCGAUGCGUAUAUUAUAUUAAUUAGCAAUGGAUUACUAACAUCAAGAUUUCUACAAUAUGUCGAAGGAGAACGUCUACUCAAUACACGUGGCUACUUCUUACUUUUGUAUGAUAAUCGACUGUUCAGGCCCGAAUUACAUUACAUUUGGAAUCGAAUUGUCAACGUGGUGUUCAUACGGCAAUACGGUACAUACAAGUACCGUUCGGGCGAACGGAUUCCUGUGAAACGAAUCGAUCUCAAUACCGUCUAUUAUCCGUCGCGUUCAAGAGAUUUCACGGCGAUGAAGUACAUCGAUACGUGGCAAGACGGCAAAUUGCAUUACGGUAACAAUCAUUAUAUGUCGAAAACCACGAAUCUUCAUGGAAACAAUUUGCGAAUUGCGGUUUUCGAACAUAUACCGGCUGUAACAGAAGCAUCGCGGGAUUAUUAUCAGCAAAGUACAAGUGCUGCAAGUCCUAAAGCACUGGGUAUUGAAUUCGAAUUAAUCCGAGUUAUAGCAAAGGCAAUGAAUUUCAAAGCAGAUUAUUAUAUGCCUUCUAAUAUCGCCAAUGAAAGAUGGGGUAAAGUGAGAGAUAACGGUAGUUAUACGGGCCUUCUUGGCGAAGCAAUUGCCGAAAAUGCCGACUUCUUUCUCGGAGAUCUGUAUUACACGUUGUAUUACUUGAAUUAUUUUGAUCUAUCGACGCCGUACAACACGGAAUGUCUUACAUUCUUAACACCGGAAGCAUUAACUGAUAAUUCAUGGAAAUUACUGAUACUACCUUUCAAGCUGAACACGUGGAUAGCAGUCUUUUGCACCCUAUUGAUGGGCGGCGGCGCUUUUCAUGUGUUUGCGUUACUCUAUCAGAAAUACGCAAUACGUGCGUCUCUGACGCACAAAGUGAACAAUAGCAUGAAAGGUUUGUAUCUGUUCACCGAGUUCCAGAACAGCGUAUUGUACACAUACAGCAUGUUGCUCCAAGUCUCUUUACCACGUUUGCCGAAUGCCUGGACUGUGAGAAUCUUCAUCGGCUGGUGGUGGAUCUACAGUAUUUUAGCAGCCGUCACUUAUCGUGCCAGCAUGACAGCAACCUUAUCACAUCCUGUUGCUAAAGUAACUAUCGACACAUUAGCACAGCUGACUAAAUCAUCGCUAGCAGUAGGAGGAUGGAAUGAGGAGAGCAAAGAAUUCUUCCUUACCUCUUCGGAUCCACACAGUCAGGAGAUUGGCAAUAAAUUCGAGUUGACGGAAAACGAGGAGGAUGCAAUCGAUCGAGUAGCAAAUGGGACGUUUUGUUACUAUGAAAACUCAUAUUUAUUGCAGCACGCUCGUGGAAGACGAAUAUUUGACAAGCAAAAUGGUCAGAAUAGAACUGAAAAGAGCACUGAAUCAUCAGUCAAGUACAAUAUACAUAUUAUGGAGGAAUGCGUCGUCUAUAUGCCAAUCGCGUUAGGGCUGGAAAAGAAUUCUCCGCUUAAACCUCAUGUGGAUUUAUUGGUGAGACGAAUGACGGAAAUUGGUUUGGUGCACAAAUGGCUGAGCGACGUAAUGGAAUGGUCGAAAAUCACUGAAUCACGGCAAAAAUCUCAAUCCGAAAUAGCAUUAGUAAACCUACAAAAAUUAUAUGGUGCUCUUACUGCUCUCGGUAUUGGUUAUCUUGUCAGUUUUAUAGCUUUACUCGGAGAAAUUCUAUACUGGAGAUACAUUGUCUUAAGAGACCCGAGAUAUGACAAGUAUCAUCUCGAUAUAUUUUAUAGAAAGAGCGAUAAAGCAAAAACUUGAAGCAACAUUCUUAUGUUGAUUCUAUAGUGC